GGAGGUCAUUAGAGCAGCUGAUAAAACUCAUCACCUUCCCGGCCACCCUCAUCAUUGUCCGCUCCUCCGUCCACUAUGUCCCCGCUGCUGGUGUUCGGUCUUCUCCUGGUGUCCUGUGCAGCUCAGGAGUUCGGAGAGUAUUGCCAUGGAUGGAGGGAUCACUAUGGAGGUUGGCACCCCGGAUUCCAGUGCCCGGAGCGCUAUGACCCCCCCGAGGCCACCUACUGCUGCGGAUCGUGUACUCUCCGCUACUGCUGUAUGGCCGGUGAGUCCAGACUGGACCAGGGAAUGUGUCCUAACGAGGAGCAGGACGAGGAACCCGGGGACAGAGCCCCAGCACUACCACUACCCGCCACAGUGCCCAUCUACCUCCCCUUCCUUCUGGUUGGCAGUAUGUUUGUGACCUUUGUCAUUGUGGGAUCACUUGUGGGGGUAUGCUGCUGCAGAUGUCUGAAACCUGAGGAAGGGACACAAACUGGUGCUCCAGCCCAACAAAGCCGACUCCUGGACACAGACGCGUCUACUGACACAUCAAGACAUUCUAGUUCCAGCUCCACCUCUGUACCUCGUGGCUCCCUCGGCAACAAUCCUCCAAAUCACUGCUCUUUGGGUGCUGAAAAUAUGAAUUUGUAUAUGAAUAUGUCCCAAGCUUUUCCCAUCAUGGCUUGUCCACCAAAUGGUCAAUUUAUGCAUCCUGGAAGUACGGUAACACCUUUCUUACAACCGCCAUUCAUCAAUUAUGCUAUGACAGCAGAUCAUGCUAUACUAAUGACCCCAGCUGGUUACAUUGAUGCCCGGAACUGCUACCCACAGUCUUCCAAUAACUACCUUCCACUGAACCAGCAUAUUGACCCACCAAUGACCGAUGAGGCAGCUGCUAAGUGCUGAGCCUAUGGAGCACCUAGUCUCUGGUAGUAGACUGAAUACUAUAUAGACAGUAGAAUGUCUCUCUGUAAUAUCUCGGACUGUUUUAUUUUUUUUUAAUAUGAUCUACCCAGCAAGCCAUUCUAUUUGCCUUAAUUUUUGGACUGUUUUCUCCAUGGACAAUGUCCUGAAUGUCUGUGGUGGGAAGGGGUGGGGGGUUUAUAUGGUUUGGAACACGCUUGGCUGAUGUCUGAACUAGACACUGACUUUUUCCCUUCGGGAGAAUCGGCAAUCGGAGUGACUGUUUACAUUUUAAGCCAAGAGACCUCUUGGAAUAUUGACCAAAGGGCAUCUAAAGAAACCACUAAAGCUUGAAUGUAGACACUUGUAAUUCUAGAAAACUUUUAGGUUCUAAAGCAUAUGUUGUGCAAUUAAAGGUGGGUGGGGGGGUUUGUCCUUGGUGGGACUGACUUUCUAGAAAGGAGAAGCUGACCUGUUGCUACUUGGUUGACUUUUUUUGACGUGCUUAGAUUUCACCUUCUAAUGGUUGCAUGGAGGUGCCAAAGUGAAGAUGUGGCCCAUAAUUUAUCUCCUCGCUGGUUCUUCUCUUGGACGGUGUCCAAAAACCAGUCGGUCUCUUUUUGUAUUUUGUCUAACCAGCACUAGAGACCUGAAACGCAUAGUUUCACCCAAGAAGGUGUUUACUCAAAACAGACUUCCAACCAAAAAGUAUGCAAUCUGGGCUCCUUCUCUUUACUGAUGAUGGACUUUUUAAACAUUGACGCAAUCAGCAUAAGAAUGAAAUUUGUUGACAAGUUUCCCCAAACCUGGCAGGGGGUAUUUAAAUUUUAACAGUAGUGUUUGAGCUCCUCGUUAAAAAGAGUUGUGGAAUAGGGGGUGGGUUUUAAACUGUGUAUAUACUUUUUAUUUUUUUUAAUUGCAUGGGUGCUGUGCAUCCAAGUUCUGAGCAGUAACAUGGGAACCUUCAUCUGAAUGGUAGUGCAGCCAUGCUGGAUUUUUUUUUUUUUUUUUGUACUGAUUUGCUUCUGGAAAAGGAGCGUGCUAUUUAACUGUUUACAAAUUUUUAUUUCUUGCUGUCCAAAAUAAACAAAUUGUUGAUAUUUGC